GACGCGCAACGAGUCGCGGAACACGCCGCGCCACUUUCGCGGUCGUGAAAACAAUCGGGCGAGCGAGUGGCGAGUGCGGUGCAAACAAACAGCUGAUAUCGGUUUUCUGCGGUAUCGUCCCUCGCGUACAUACGGGGAGCACAUGUCCGCCGUUCGACGAUCACGCUACGGGUAAAAUCGGCAUUACUCCGACGUCUCCGACGAUAUUCUCCCGGGCGGGUAGCGGACGCGAAGUCGAGAAAGAGAGAGAGAGAGAGAGAGAAGGGCACGUGGCACGUGGGCACGCCGGCGACAGGACGCUCCGUUCCCCCCGGGUUCGCGUGCGAUGAACAGCGGCCGGCGAUAACCGGCGUAUCCCCCUCAUCGUCCACGUCGUCGCCGUGGUUGUCGUCGUUGUCGUUUACCCGCGAAGAGAAACAUGGCCGAUCGCGAUAGCGCGUCCGAGAGUGAUUCAAGCUCAAUCGACGGCGGGCCGAUCAUGAUGCCGCCGUCGCCGGUCACGCGCGAGCAGCUGCAGAAGCGCAUCGAGUCCCUGCAGCAGCACAACCGCGUGCUCAAGGUCGAGCUCGAGACGUACAAGCUGCGAGUGAAGGCCCUGCAGGAGGAGAACCGCAGCCUGCGUCAGGCAUCUGUCAUCAUUCAAGCUAAAGCCGAGCAGGAAGAGGAAUUCAUAAGCAACACUCUACUGAAGAAGAUUCAGGCUUUGAAGAAGGAGAAAGAAACUCUGGCUCACCACUACGAACAGGAGGAGGAAUGUCUUACUAACGACUUGUCAAGAAAACUGAACCAGCUGCGGCAAGAGAAAUGCAAGCUCGAGCAGACAUUAGAGCAGGAGCAGGAGUGCUUGGUGAAUAAGCUGAUGAGAAAGAUCGAGAAGCUGGAAGCGGAGACGUUGGCCAAGCAGAGCAAUUUGGAGCAGCUGCGACGUGAGAAGGUCGAGUUAGAGAACACUCUGGAGCAGGAACAGGAGGCGUUGGUGAACAAGCUGUGGAAACGAAUGGAUAAGCUCGAGGCCGAGAAAAGGAUACUGCAGAUCAAGUUGGAUCAACCUGUCUCGGACCCUACUUCACCCAGGGAGAUCAACAAUGGCGACACCGCCACGAACCUGAGCACGCACAUUCAGACUCUGAGAAGCGAGGUCGCCAGAUUAAAGCAUACCUUGCUCAUUUCACAGCAAGAACAUACGGAAAAAAUGAAGCGAUACGUUAACGAGGAAAAGCAAAUACGCGAGGAGAAUCUGAGAUUGCAGAGAAAGCUGCAGCUGGAGGUGGAGCGUCGCGAGGCUUUGUGUAGACACCUUUCGGAGUCUGAAUCCAGACAUGAUUUUCGCAGCUUGGAGAUGGAAGAGGAACGGCACUACAACGAAAUCGUGAUGUCUGGGGGAAACAUAAGGACCCGUACGGUAUCCAGUCCUGUGCCCUACAAUCCUUCGCCUAGUUCCUCAAGGCCACUAAGUCCUGGUAUUAACGUGCUAGGUUCGACGUCUAGAGAAGGCUUCAGCACAAACCGAUGCUACGCUUGUGGCCAGCCGAGUGCCCCUCUGUUUGCGAGCUCGUCGCCUCCUGGGGGACAUAUUGUGGCAUCAUCUAGCAGACGCACCUCGGAUCGUUUUGUUAAGCCGGCGAUUCCCCCCACUAUCGUGAGUGCCGGCGGACCGCCGACCAUCGCUCCCAAUCCUACGCCGAAUCCCGUCGCUGCGCCCCAUCCAGGAUCACCGAUGGACAUCGCGAAAACAUAAGUCGCCAAGUUGAAGAGAGGGCUCUCCAUAGAAACCCCUUUUAUAUAAUCGCGCGCAAGGUACUUCUCUAAACGGUGCGUUCCAGCUAAGAGAUAUGCGGGAAACCCGUACUGGGGUUCGAGACACCAUCGUCGGCGCUUUUUCUUCUUGGAUGUUUCCGUUUGUUAACUACUUCAGCUCUAAUGUAUAACACACGGGCUACGGCUAAGAGAAAGAAAGGGAGAUAGAAAGAAAGAAAGAGAGAGGGACGUGAUUAUUUCAAUCUGAAAAUGGGCAGAUAUAGAGUUAAACAACGCAGUCGCGAAAGCGUCUCGCCUCUUGGUCGCGGAGUGAUCCUUUUCGAUACCUCGCUCCUUCGAUGACUCCUCUCUUAUGAUGCCUGAAAUAUCAUUCAGACCGUGCUCUUUGUCGUACUAUGUAAUUAAUAUCGUUUGAGUGUUCUACAUAAGAAAAUGGAAAAAAAAAAACAUUGACAUGUUGCUUCCAUGUUCCAAGUAACCAUAGUAUAAAUAUUGAACGCGAACGCUGAACAGACAUUUAGACCGGUAUUCAUAAUCCAUCUUAAGAUUGUACUUAAGAUGGUCUUAAAUAUAAGAACCGAUUAUGAAUACACGGUCUUACACGUCAUAUUUGCGAUAUUACUGUAAUCUUACUGUGCGUUUAAGAACAUAAACGAAAGUAACUAGGGUGUAGUGUCGCGGUGUUCACACGAUUUAACGGGUAUUGCAUUUGUUUAGCUUUGAGCCUGAGUAAUCACUUAGCGCACGCAGUACUGGUAGAGGCGGAAGCAUAACUCUAGAGGAAAGAUUUUGUUAGUUCCUUCGGAUGGGAGUUGUCUGAUCUGAAAACAUACGAAAUUAGGUAGAGUCAGACUCCGGGGAGAUUUCAGCGAUCGCGGAAACUUCGGUAUCUAAGAAAGUUGGAAUUUGAUAAUUGUAAAUCGCGAGAGAGAAUGUGACAAUUCAAGGCCCUAAAGUUCCAAGGAUUCAACAGUCCAACGAUCUGAGAAUCUAAACUUGCGGAUCUAAAUAGAGUGUACACUCUAAACGCUUAAGUAUAACUAAGUGUCUAUAAGUAUAAUACAAAUAUAUAUACAUUAUAUAUAUAUAUAUAUAUAUAUAUAUAUAUGUCGCAGGGAUUUCGUGUAAUUUUUUUUUUUCCCCAAGUCACUAGAGAAUCCACAAAAAAGAACAAGGAUAUUGUGAAGUGAAGAAAAAUUAUUAAUAUAAAUAUAAAUAAAAAUUUAUAUUUACUUAUAUUUAUAAAUGUAAUUUAUGAUAUAUUUAUAAAUAUAAAUUAAUAAAAAUUUUAACUUAGAUAUCACUGAUAAAGCCCAAGAUUUUGUAAAAUUACUGAAAUCUCGUAAGAUUGUGUAAUUUUUAUUCAUUCCACGUUGUCCCGGUUUUUUGUAAUUCUCUAUUUUUGCAAAAAAAAACGAAUACACAAAAUUCUUGCGACAUAUAGAUACAUAAUACUAAAUAUUUUUGUUUAAUGAUCAAUGUAAACCUACAAAAUUGUAUGUUGUUCACACAAUAUUUUUAGGAUCUUAUUCGUAAAAUUCAUGUAAAAAGCAUCUAAAGAAUUUUCGUGUUUUUAAAUUCGUUAGUCCUUAAGCUCGGAUGUCUCGGGAGUUUUCUGCUCUUAGAAUCUUUGGAUUUUGAAAUCUUGGAUUGCCGUACAUGUAAGAAACACAUCGCCUCAAGAACUUAUGUCCCUUAAUUAUAAAUCCCUUAGUCUUAGAAUAUUUUGCAGAAAAGUUGGAUUAUGGGAAUUUUGAUACACUGGAGCCGGAAAGCCUAUUAAGAUCUCGUAGUAUCGAGCGCUGCGUAUAAGAGACAGAUCUUGCAUUCAAGAGUUUAUUUCCUAAUAAAUUGUUUUUUUUAUACCAACGAUGCACGUUUGCGUUAAUCCGUUAAUCUGUUACGUUACAUCGGAGAGUUUGGCGUCUUUGUUCUACGAGGACGUUCCGGUAAAUUGAACUUCUCAAAUUUCGGAAGCUCGAAAUCUUAUUUCUAAAACUUCAAUAUCUUUAGUUGUAAAAUUUAGAACUUUAACGCCUUCUUUUUUUUUCUUUAAGGCCUCGAGAUAUCUUUCGACGCCUACUUGCGAAGUUUCGAGGAAAUCUCUUCGUUUCAGGCUUACGGAAUCUGGAAGGCUUGGAUCUUGAGAUUUUGAAAAAUUGUAGAGGUCAAUACCGAAGGAUCGUCUGGUUUUUUUUGUUUGAAGAUUUUUUAUGUACGCUGGUUACCAUGAAUUAUGAUGCGAGAAGCGAAGGAAACGUGAGAGAAACGUACGAGAUCGACCGUCGCUUGUUACAAGAUUCAUUUCAAGUCCAUAUCCAUGCGCGGGUGAUUCCCUCGCGCACUUCUUUUUCCUCCGAUCUCGUAAUGCAAGGUGACUGUCGCUACAUGCCCUGAGAACCCUUGUUUAUAACAGGUGUAUUAUACAUUAAACGAUAUGCGAGAAUCAGGUGAAAGCGUUGUUUAUUAUGUUGUAUCGAACGGUGUUUAUACAUAUAAAAUACACGUGUGUGUAUACGUAUCGCUCGAUAUAUAUAUACAUAAGUGGUCGUAUAUGGUAUAGAAUUUUAUGAUAACGUAAAAGAUUCUUAUUGAAUAAUUGUAAUUACGCAGAUAUGCUUCACGGCUAUAUAGUAUGUAUUUUACUCAAGCUUUUAUGAAAUACAGUCACGUUUUUGCUAUUAAA